AUGCGUCUCAUCAGUCGUCAUACAGUGUUAUUUCCGAAUGCUGAAGAUGUUGGGAGUCAUUUAACCUACAACGACACACAUAUUGAAAUACGCGGAGAUGCCGGUGUAAUUGCCCAAAAUAGAUGGGCAUGGAAUACUGAGGCUUUAGAUAAUGGAGCGAGCAGGAGUUCGACCCGUAUUACAUGGAGAGCACCCGAGCGAGUAAGAGGAGAUUCUGAGUCAUCAGUGGCUAUCGAACCGGUGUUAUGCCCCGGUUUGAAUAUUUAUACAAAUGCUACUGAAAAGCAUGAGUGCUUACGUAUGGUCGAAAAUCCUGUUUAUCAAUCUGUCCACAAAGAGAGCUUUACUCAAAUGGCAGAUUGGCUGCCGAGCGAGUACGAUACCUCGUUCAUCAAAUGGGAUGAAGUAAAUUGUGAUUAUGAUAUUACUAUACUUAAUAAAACCCUUGAAAUUAAUGAAUGGUGCCCGAUUGAGAAUGAAAAGGUUAUUGAAUUUACUAAACCAAUCUAUGUCAACCAAUCGGAGGUCGGUCUUUUUUAUGUCGAUUUUCAUGACGAUAAAGAUAUCAAUCUAGGUGGUCUUCGAUGCACCUGGGAUUCUGUUGGCGUCAUUGAAAACUGUCAAAAGACAAUGUUGAUGUACAUGCCAGCUCACGUUGUUGCAACAACUCCAAUGUCGAUCCAUUUGGAGAAACCUGUGGGAUUGCAUCCGAAUCUCGUUAUAAAUUUGGAAAACUAUACAUCAUGUGAAAUCCAGUGCGAUUAUUUUGCCUAUUUACAACUACCUGUAGAUUUAUUUAUCGAUAGGUUUCAGUCGGGACCUGUAUCUAUCUUUGGUCAACAAGAUUUAGAGCAACCGGAAUAUAGACUACAGAAUAAUUCGUGGGGAUCAGAAUCCUUAUUUAUUCUGGAAGCUGGAAAAAUUAACGAGAUUAAUUUGCACUCAAGAUAUGUGUCGCCGGCACCUAAUUCCAGUUAUAAGUCAGUCGCGUUUAAUGCAAUGAUUUUUAAAGCUUGUGACUCUAACACGGAAGAAGUCGUGAGAAACCCGUUUUAUUCCAAAGGCUUAGGGUAUGAAGCAUUUUUUACUCCUGACACUGUCUUCAAUCAUAUGCGAUCAACAUCUAUUGGUGUAGAUAUUCCAGUUGUAGAUACAUCUCACUACAACACGACACGCUUUGCAACACUAGGGUGUAUCAUAUUUUCUAUGAUAUACCUAUUUUUAAGAGUGUUCACUAAGCGUUAA